AUGACCUCGACAGCUCGUCGGAUAGCGCUGGCCACAACGGCAGACCGCCCUGCCGCCGGCGGUGGAAGAAAGCAGUGUUGGGAAUGCCAGCGUCGUCGUGUCGUCUGCGACGCCGUUCGUCCCGUAUGCGGUAAGUGUAAGGCGACUGGCGUCGUAUGUCCUGGCUAUGAGGACAAGAAACCAUUGACGUGGCUGGCACCCGGCAAGGUCAAGACUCGCACCUGGAAGCGGAAGAAGCCUGCCACAACGAAGGAAUCGUCAAAGACGACCUCCGAGCAGGACAGUAGUCCUGAUUCUAACAAGGCGGUUACGCGAGCAGGCUCGCAGAUGGUCCAUCUCUUUCCCCCUUCCCCUGGAAUGGAAUUUCGGUCGGAGGUGUGUGACAUUAUCGAGGCGACUUCGUACUGGAACGAGUCUGUCUACCCGUCCUUUGAAACGACCCAGUUGAUGAAGAGCCCGUGGAUCAUACCGGUUCGGUUCAUCCACUACAUGCCUGCCGCCACCCGGCACGCUCUGGUGUCCAUGGCCAUCGAGCACCGCAUGCUGCGCUUGUCAAAAAAGAAGACCGACCCCUUCAUGAUGGAAAUCCGAGCGCGGUUCCACCAUCAUCGAUGUUUGGCGAUACAAGCUCUCAACGAAGACGUUUGCAACGACGCGACGCGCGGAACAGACAUGACUAUGGCCAGUGUUAUGGUCUUCUUAUACGCAGAUCUGAUGGGUUCGGCAACCGCGUCCAACUGGAGACACCACCUGAACGGGUACAAAAGUCUAGUCGACAUUCGAGGCGGGUUUGAGAGCGUGUACCGCCUGACACCUUACAUGGCACCCAUGCUGCUUUUCCCCAAAAUCUACGAUAAUAUCGACUUGAUAGCUGAGCUUUUUCAGUCGGGUUACUACCCGUUCCUUCCAUGCCCCGUGGAUUUGUUCACCGACAUCAUCCGCAUCAACUAUCUCCGCUACCUGAUAGCGACGGACAGUCUUCCUGAAGAUAUGGGAACUCCACAGUCUGCUUCGGAAGACUUGAUAGAAGACGUCAUCGAAUUCUCGCCCGAGACGUGGGUCGAAACAAGGGAUGCCGACGUCAAGGAAGAGCUCUUGCUUAUGGCUCAGGCCUACCAGUCUGCUAUUGCGCUGUAUGCCAUAUCGUCACUUCAGGGCCUCAGGGCGUUGCCUUCUUCCGCAGGCUGGAGAGCUGUGAGAACUAUUCACUAUGGCCGGCUCAUUUCUCUCCUCGAAAAGGCGGCGGAGGCGCCGCUGAUGAAGAACUGUGUCGAAUGGCCCCUCAUUGUUGCCGGCUUCGAGGCGUCUACUGGGAGUGCGACUGGGAGAGUGAUGGUAGUGAAACAGCUAGUUUCGAUGAGCCAAGAUUUGGGUACUUAUCUGCCUUUGGCUGCUGUCGGGAUGUUGGAGAAGUUUUGGUCUUCGGGAAAGAGAACGUGGGAUGACUGUUUCGAUGAGCCAUAUGCGCUGUUCGCUUAG